GCUGUGAGCGUACGGAGAAGGAGCGGUCGACCGGUUGAUUGGUCAACCAAGGGGGGGAGGCUCCCGAAAACCACUGGCCAUCCCUUACGUACGACGGCCCAUGGAGAAAACCAUGACGAUGACUGUCGUCCACCGAUUCGCGUACCUCGCUCUGGUUUUUCUUUUGAGUUCGAUAGACGGGUAAAGAGGGAGAGAGAGACAUCAUUCUUUUCUCAACUCAAGUCGAAACUGUUUGAGAAAUCUUCGUUGGUGCACAUCCUUCUUAAGCCGCAUUUUCCUCUCGCCGAGCCGAAGAACCGGGCCAUGUCGAGCACCGCCGGAUUCAUGAUCCCCUGCAAAGCGGCGGUCGCGUGGGAAGCGGGGAAGCCGCUGGUGAUCCAGCAGGUGGAGGUGGCUCCGCCGCAGGCCAUGGAAGUGAGGAUGAAGGUGAAGUACACCUCGCUAUGCCACACUGAUCUUUACUUCUGGGAGGCCAAGGGGCAGACGCCAUUAUUUCCUCGCAUUUUUGGCCAUGAAGCUGCUGGGGUGGUGGAGAGUGUUGGAGAAGGGGUGUCAGAUGUUGCAGUUGGGGAUCAUGUGCUUCCAGUGUUCACAGGGGAGUGUGGAGAAUGUAGGCAUUGCCAGUCUGAGGAAAGCAACAUGUGUGAUCUGCUAAGAAUCAACACCGAGAGAGGGGUUAUGCUUAGUGAUGGGAAAUCUAGGUUUUCCAUAAAUGGUACACCAAUAAAUCACUUUCUGGGCACGUCCACUUUCAGUGAAUAUACAGUUGUUCACGCAGGCUGUCUAGCAAAGAUUAACCCUCUUGCACCUUUGGAUAAAGUCUGUAUUGUCAGUUGCGGCGUUUCUACGGGAUUAGGAGCCACAUUGAAUGUCGCGAAGCCGAAACAAGGUUCUUCUGUUGCUAUAUUUGGUCUGGGAGCUGUCGGCCUAGCUGCUGCAGAAGGUGCUAGAAUUGCGGGUGCAUCAAGAAUAAUUGGAGUUGAUUUGAACCCGAACAGGUUUGAGGAAGCCAAGAAGUUUGGAGUGACCGAAUUCGUUAACCCAAAGGAUUACGACAGACCUGUUCAACAGGUUAUUGCUGAAAUGACUGAUGGUGGUGUUGACAGGAGUGUGGAGUGCACUGGCAACAUCAAUGCCAUGGUUUCAGCUUUUGAAUGUGUUCAUGAUGGAUGGGGUGUGGCUGUGCUGGUCGGAGUCCCCAACAAAGAUGCCGUUUUCAUGACAAAGCCCAUCAACAUUCUCAACGAAAGAACGCUCAAGGGGACAUUUUUUGGGAACUACAAACCUCGGAGUGAUAUCCCUUCUGUUGUUGAUAUGUACUUGAACAAGAAACUGGAGUUGGAUAAGUUCAUCACUCACCGAGUGCCUUUCUCCGAAAUCAAUAAGGCUUUCGAUUUGAUGGUGAAGGGAGAGGGCUUGAGGUGCAUUAUCAAUAUGGAGGACUAGGACUGGUGUCAGAUGCUAAUAAAUAAUCUCUACUCAUGUUAGUGCUAAUAACUCAUCUUUGUCCGUUGUGAGAUAAUGACAUUUAAAGAACGUGCAGCUAUCUUUUCCCCUUGUCAUUUCCCAAUUCUAUGUCUUAAUACAUCUUGAUAACAUUACAUCCCAGAUUAUGUUUGUUGCGACUGAGACUAGAAUUAUUACUGCUUGACUG